AUGGAUCAAAAACAAUGCGUCUCGUCUGUAUCACCGCAGCAUCCGAAAAUCAAGCGAGGUCACGCGUAUCAAUUUACUGACUGGAUCAUGGAUGUGUGCUGGUUGGAUUCUGGAGAGCUUGCAGUAGCAUUCGCCCAUAAUCAAGUUGAAAUUUAUGCAAUCAAGCAAGACAAUCCGUCUGCUGUACUUGUGGAUCGAGUCCAAUGCCAAGUCCGAUGUAUUUUAUACUCGGCCCGUUUCCAUGGCACCACAAAAGAAAACCUAUUAUUAGCCUCCGGCACUGUCUUUAACGAGGUGCAUGUAUGGAAGAUCACAGACAGAAACGAGGAUAACGAGGGCGUUGUAUCCCAUCAGCUCGUGGGUCAUGAAGGUGUUAUCUUUGGUGUUCGAUUCAAUCCUGACGGCAGCAUGUUGACCAGUGUAUCCGAUGAUCGAACGAUCCGCAUAUGGCCCUUACAAGGCGAACGAACAAAUCCAUUAAUUAUCUUUGGCCACACUGCUCGGGUUUGGGAUUGUCAGUUCGUGGAUCAACAUCUUAUCAGUAUAUCCGAGGAUGCCACAUGUCGUGUAUGGAAAAACACACUAGUGAGCAAAAACGAAGGGGAUGAGGAUGGUGAUUGUUUAGCGUGCUGGGAAGGCCAUAUCGGCAAAAACGUAUGGAGUUGUGCAGUCAGUCCUGAACACAAAAUUGUUGCCACGGGUGGUCAAGACUCUGGAAUUCGGUUAUGGUCGUUUGUAUCUAUCAAGAACAAUAACAUUGAAUCCGAAGAUGAUCUAACAUUGGUGGAACUACCGGCGGCUGCACCAAGCAAACCUGAAACGUUCCGUAACUUUUGUCUUACGGGUCUUGAUACCAUCGUGGCAUGCAGCAAUGAAGGUCGUAUUCUGAGAGGCGAUCAAAAGGGCGCCGAGUGGACAAUUUUACAUAGUGAUCCAAGUUAUGUUAAAUAUGCAAUGAUGUCUCCUUCUCCAUGUGGCCGUCUUGUUAUUGUUGGCAGUAUUGAAGGUCAUUUACUGCUAGUUAGUACAGACCGUAUUUUCGAGCCUAUCAAAUUAAAAGUGCACGAAACAAAGAUCUUUGAAAUAUUCAUUGAAAACUCUCGAGAUCCGAAUGUCUUUUAUAUCGUAUCGAUUGGUUUUGGCGAAGCAACAUAUCUCCACAAACUUGAUGCUACUGACCCUACAACGCCCGUUUUUGAAACGCUGUAUAAACUCAAAGAACCUACCGAACGUACCAACAUGCUCUCGUUGAAACUUGUCGAAGAAACGCGUCUUUUGAUUUGCGGUUCUCGCGAAGGAGCAAUGGUCGUUUACGAGCUUCCGCUAUUAUCAACAACGCAACAUAGUGGUAGUGAACAACAACAACCUCAGACUGUCAAUCCAUUGAUGCAACUGAGAAGAACACAUGGACGACAAGCGAUCAGUAGUGUCACCCUCAAACAUUGCGACAACAACAACAACAAGGAAGUUGUGUUUUGGACUACUGGACGUGAUGGAUGUUAUAUCCAAUACCGACUUGUACGGAACACUAACGAACAACAACAGAGCAGUAGUACUACUACUACUAGUAGUGCCAAUACGGCGGGCAAGGGUGAUGGCUCUGGAAAAGUAGAAGAAAAGACCAAAUUGGGUAUUGCAAGUCAAGGCGAUACCAUGAUUGAAACGUCUCGAUGGAUAUUGGAGAAAAUUUAUCGCAACAAGGUCACCAAGGGCUGGCUGGAAGGUGCACUGUGGCUCAAUGACGAGUUGUUGCUAUUAGGCUUUUAUCGUAAAAGAUUCUUUGUAUAUAAUGAAACAAAGACGUUUGAGCUGGUUUCCAUUGCAUGUGGUGGAGCUCAUCGUCGUUGGCAGUUUAAGACGGCAGACACAAAGCUGGAUUUGUCUACAUUCACAUUUGUUCGAAAAGAGCAGUUGUUCGCAUACUUCCGCAACGAAUCAUCCGUGAACGGCAGUUUCAGUAGUACUGUUAUUCAGGAUAACUUCCACGGUCGAGACGUUCGUGCUGUACGAUACUUGAGUUCCGCAGUAACAAACGAUCCUUCUUUCCCCUUGUUAUUCGCUUCUGCUGGUGAAGACACUGUCCUCAAAUUCCAUCAAUAUAUUCCAUCCUUGAACACCAAAUUCGCUACACUUUCAAAUGUCCGCAAACAUACAUCUGUCAUCAAAUCGAUAGACACAAGCAAGGGUAUUGAUACACUCUUGUUCACCAGUGGAGCUAGAGAAGAAUUGUAUUGUUGGAAACUUGAAGUGAGCAAACCACCGAAUAUGAAAGACGGUGACUUGCUUGAUCUCAAUUGUCUGGAAUGGGCUGUGUGUCCCGCAGUAAGUCAAGUGAUUGAAACCCGCAUCAUGGAUAUCACAGUACAUGCCAUUGAUACAGCGCAAGGACUGCAUUUGGUCGGCGCGGGCUAUUCCGAUUCUACAGUCAGAAUCUGGCUAUUCAAUGAAAAGACUCGACAGUUCUCGUUGAUUGCAGACGGAUCUUGGCAUAGACGAUGUCUCUUACAAAUGGAUCAUGUUGUUAUACCUGGUAGUGAUAACGAAAAACAGGAUCGAAUUCUGUUUUUUACUGGAGCAACAGAUGGACGUGUUGCUGUAUGGGAUAUCAGUCAAAAAUUACGAGAAUCCAUCCAAGACGUUGCCGCAUUAGAAGCUGAUCCUACACACACGGCAGCUAAAUUCGAUGAACCUGUGUAUACUUACCAGCCACAUCAAUCCGGUGUCAAUUGCCUUCAAGUUGCAUACAAUCCAGAUGAAAAUACCCUGACGAUUGUUACUGGAGGCGAAGAUAAUGCACUUGUAGCAGCCAAACUUGCACUUGGCGGCGGCAAGGACGAUGAUGAUGAUGCAAAGAUUGUUGUUACUGCUGUUGGCAACCCAUGUUCUAUCUUGGAAGCACAUGCAUCCUCUGUCACAGGAACACGGUUGAUCCAGAAUAAUACGGCAGUGCUUUCCACGUCAACAGAUCAACGAUUAAAUAUGUGGACUGUCAAGGAUUUGGGAUCGGACGGAGUUGCGCUAAUCUUGGUGGAUGCUUCAUUUGUUGAUGUGCCUGACCCGUCUACCAUGGAUACUGCUGACUAUGGUGGUGUCACGCAUGCUGCUAUUGCCGGCAUUGGACUCGAAAGUUUCUCGGUUUCGUCAUAA